AUGUACAGUGAGGUGGGAAAUGGACUUGGGGAGGCUGCAGCUUAUGUGGCCGGAGCACUAAAGGAGCUAAGUCAGACUUACCAAGUGGAUGGCAACAAAGCUGCGGUGUGCCGGGACCAGCCACCCAGGAGCAAACCCAGCUGGACGGAUUCUGUAGCCGACACCGCUGGCACACCGCUGGCAGAGGCACUCGAGCUUGUUCGAAGCAUCUGGAUAAAGCGGGCCACUGCAGUGCAGGCACGCCCGGGACUCGUCCUCGCUGCCCUUACAGACUUCCCUGCAGUGGCUGAAGAUGCGACGUCCUGCCCUUCUAGUGUGGCAGAUACUGUGAACCGUAGUGGCUCCAAGGAGAGCAGUCAGAUGGAUUUCAGGGGGACUGGACCUCCACACUAUCUGUCCAUUGCUCUGGAGCACCUGAUAACUGGAAUUCUCCAGCUGUCUGGACGAGAAGUGAGGCUUAUCCCCCACCAUCUGCAGCAACAAGCGUCUCACCACACAGCUGGGAAAGUCACUGUUGCCCAAGGGUGCGUCGUACCCACUAUCCAGGCUGUGCUGCUGCCUGAAGUAAGACAGAGCUACAAGAUGACAAAUAAGCAAAACUGA